AUUAUCUUUUUCAUUUAAUUGUGAAUAUCAUAUAUUUAUAAUGAACAGUUUGUCAGAUCCACGACGUCCCGAAAAGGAAAUUCGCUAUAAACCAACGGUUUCAAGUAAUCAAGCACAACCAGGGGAUGAUUCUAUACCAGAUUAUAUAAAUAUUCUCGGAAUUAUCUUCAGUAUGUGCGGUUUAAUGAUGAGAUUGAAAUGGUGCGCUUGGCUAGCUCUUUAUUGUUCUUGUAUUAGUUUUGCCAAUUCUAGAGUCAGUGAUGGUACUAAACAUAUCCUUAGCAAUUUCAUGUUAUCAAUAUCUGCUGUUGUAAUGUCUUAUUUGCAAAAUCCACAACCUAUGACACCUCCAUGGGCAACAGCGAUACAAUAAAAUACUAGCUAUUAUUAGGAA